AUGUCCCACUCGGACAUUCUAGAGUCAUGUCGGGUCCGUCAACAAGACGAAAUUUUGACUCUCCAAUCCAUAUAUGGCGAACUGAUUACUGUACUCCCGAACCCUUCCCAAAAGGCCGGUAUUAUUAUCACCUUAUCCAUCCCCAUAGUCCUUCCCUCAGCCACUCCGGCGGAUCUCUCUUCUCCGAUAUCAUCAUCACUGCCUCUCGAACUGACUCACCUUCCCCCGAUCACAAUAAGACUCCUUCUUCCGGCCAACUACCCCGCUCAUUCCCCUCCUAGACCAAUAUGGAUGAAAGCGAGUCUGCAACAAUGUUCUUGGCUUAGCCGCAAGACCUGUGGUCAGAUAGCUGGGAAGAUGGCGACGAUGUGGAGGGAGGAAGUGUCCGAUGGGGAAGGGAUGGAAGUAAUCUUCCGAUGGUGGGAUUGGGUGGCUAAUGGUGAUUUUCUGGAAGAAUUUGGACUUUUGGUGGAUGGCCGUUUGAAGUUGUCUGUACCGCCCAUGAUACCCGUAUCAACUUUUCACACCCUACUCAAAAGUCACAACGCAGCUCAGGUCCAUUCAGAGUUUCAAUCCACUGCUUAUUCAUGCUCCAUCUGUUUCGAAAACCGAAUGGGUACAUCAUGCAUUCGACUACCCUGUGGUUGUAUCUUCUGUACCCCAUGCUUGAAUUCAUGUUGGACUUUAGCAAUCACCGAGGGAUCUUUGAUAAAUGUCUCAUGUCCCAGUCCUCAAUGCGUCAAGACCCGAGCCACACGAUCCGAUGGCGAGACCUCCAUCAAUAACAUUGAUUCAGGAACCAUACGAUCUGUCGUGGGUGAAGACCUAGAGAGACGAUGGCAAGAACUUCGUGAAAGACGUCAGGCAGAAAUAGAUCCGACAUACACUGUUUGUCCUCGGUCAUCAUGUCAAGCUCCUGUUCCUCCUCCACCUAAGUCGAGCCAAGAUACACCGACUCCAGUUGUCUCUGGACCACGUAUUAUUCGACUGGCAGAUCUUACAAGAACGGAGAAAACGGAAGAGGAUCAAUUACCGACUCCUCCUCCUACAGCCAACUCCGAAGACAGAUGGGAUAGAUAUCGAUCAUGUCCGAAAUGUAAUUAUUCUUUCUGUCUAUUUUGUGGGAACGGAUGGCAUGGUGUUCAUCUUCCUUGUGCUUUCCCCAAGACGUCAGAGAUAGUGUUGGAAUACCUGAGUUAUUCCGAAGGGAGUGAAGAAAGAAGAAGGAUGGAGAUUAGGAGAGGAAAGAUGAAUUUGGAGAAAAUGGUCAGACAGUAUAGGGAAGACGAAGAGAAUAAACAGUGGUUAGAUUCACGUACGAGACCUUGCUCAGGUUGUGGAGUGAGGGUUGAAAAGAGUCACGGAUGUAAUCACAUGACUUGUAAUCGCUGUCAUUCUCAUUUUUGUUAUCGUUGCGGUCUUUCUCUCUCCCCUUCAGAUCCUUAUGCGCAUUACCGACAUCCGGGUACGUCAUGUUUCGAGAAACUGUUUGAUCCUGAAGAGAUACAGAGGUUUGACCGAGAGGCAGGAGAAGGUUUGGUAGGUGAUGAAUGGCCCAGGGGCAUAUGGGAGUGGUGA